AUGGACCACAGAGGUGCCGAGGCCGAGGACAAUCGAGGCCCACAGAUACUGGCCGUCGCCAUCCCGCUCGUGGCCGUCGCCACCAUCUUCGUCGCCGCCAGACUGUACACCAAGGCCGUCAUAAAAAAACUGGUCUACUUGGAAGAUUACAUCAUCGGCUUCAGCAACCUGCUGCUAUGGGCCGAAGUGGGUCUGUACUUUGCCGCGGUCAGGCACGGGGAAGGGAGGCACAUCUGGACCCUGACCGAGGAGGAGCUCGAGGCGUCGCGGAUGUGGUUCAUCGUCGCCUCCAUACCGGGCGUCACCGCGCUGGGGCUGCCCAAAAUCGCCAUCGCCUUGAUGCUCAACAGGAUCCUCUUUGCGAGCAAGUGGCUCACGACGGCCUCGUGGGUUUUCUCCGGCGUCACUACAAUGAAUUUCAUAGCCGUCCUCUUUCUGCUGGUUUUUCAGUGCUCGCCAAUUCGAGCGGCCUGGUCUGCCAACGUUGCCGACGCGAGAUGUUAUGACCCCGACCUGAUCGUCAAUGUUUGUCUAUACGCUUCAGUGUUCUCUGCCAUCACAGAUCUUUACUUUGCAUUCUGGCCCGCUGUCGUCAUCCUUAGACUCGGUAUGGACACACAGAAGUCCGUUGGACUCAGCUGUGUGCUGGGGCUUGGGGUCUUUGUCACCCAAAGUGCGUGUGCGGUUGCCCUAUACAAGGUGUCUCUACUUCCGCUCAUGGCAAGCCCAGACUUUACUUAUGACUGUGCAGAUCUCAUGAUAUGGACAGUAGCCGAAGCAUCGGCGAUUCUGAUCGCCUCGUCCAUCCCCAUGCUGACUCCGAUAUACCUCUUGAUCAUGCGACGGCGCAGAGACGGAGAGAAUCGAAAUGAGACUCGAAAAGCCCCAGUCGAUGAACUCAUGCACCAACUGAGCCACCAGCGUCAAAAUCAAAUUCAACGCCACGUUUGGGAUGUGGAAACGGGCGUCUUCCACCGAAACACAAAGCGUCAGCCUUGUGCAGGCAUGCCGAGCUCUGCGAAGGCCGGGAGCAUUGUAGGCGAUAACGCGCGGAGCUCGGGAGAUAGAAACAGUCGUGCAAUCCACAAGGUAGAGCAUUAUAAUGAAACACAAAAAGCAGUCUGA